CUGUUAUCAAGGGAGAACCAUCUCUAUUAGAGCAACAGGAGAUUUGCGCGGAACUUUGGCAUUUAUGAUUAUUUUUCGCUACCAAAGGAUUAUAUAGAAGCAAUCGCUUCCUAAAGCAAUUGACGAUACUUAUUCUAUCCCGGUCAAACAAAAGUAUUCCUUAUUAAAAAUUGAACGAAAUGAAUUCCACACAAAGUCCAGUUUAUCAGACCUCCGUUGAACAAAAGCGACAUGCUCAAGAUGUUGCCAAAAGAAAGCGAAUGGGCAUGCAAAUGCCAAAACUACGCGAAAUGCUACGAGAGAAGUACCGCAAGCGCAUAAUAGAAACUAGGAACAAGUGCACAGAUGCCAAUCGAGAAAUACAAUUGUCGGAGCUCAGGGAUAUUCUUCGACUGGAACUCACCGAAAUGGAAGCGGAUUUGGAGCUGGAGCAGCUUAUCCUUGAAGAACUUCUCUCCGAUGUGAACGAGUGGUACGCCCUGGGUGAAAAAAACCUGGAAGAUCUGUACGAGGAGCCUAAUGAAAAACAAAACGAAGUUCUGUGCCCAGUUUGUCAGAUGAAAGCCUUGCACCACCACAAAGGAGAAUUCAUUUGCGAGUGCGGCAUACGUUUUCAGCACUCGGCAAAUUUGGAGCAACUUCAGGAGCUUCUGAAAAAGCAAAUUACCAGCCAUGAGCUCCAAUGUACUCAUGCUCUCCGAUUCUUCAUUGAUCCAUCAUCGGGACACCUUUAUAGUAUGUGUGGCAACUGCGAUUUCUUCUCUUCUGUUUAGGUCCUCAUAAUUCGUUUUUUAAUAUUGGGCUGCGCCUAGCGCCCUAAACGAAGUUUUGAAUUAGUUGAUUUUAUUAGUUAAACAUGUAAUGAGAAUUUGUUGUGAUUUAAACUUUGGAGAGUUUUCAAUUCAAAUCGAGUUUGUAAUUGUUGCCAGAAACACACGUUUAUUUUUUUUGUAUUUAUGAUUAGUUUAAGAAUUUUCAUUAUUUAUCUAAAUCUUAAAAAACUGAUUUCCGUGAUUUGUAUUUUAUCUUGAGCUCUAAUCUUAUUAGUGAUAUACCCAGAUAAGUUCUGAUAUUUUACUUGAGAAAUAAAUCUACUAAAUUUAAAUUGUA